CCCUGGGAUUGCCGGAGAGUCUCUUGCGUCUUGAGUCGGCCCGGCACUGUAGUAUUGACCGAUAAGUUUCACUUGGCACCCAGCCAAAAGUCCGCGAAAGGUAAUCAAGGGACCGAAGUAGCAUACAAAAAUCUAACGAUUUUUGCCGACGGGAGGUGGCAGGGAUACGUGCUUGCACGUAUGUUUCGCCCCUUACGCACUAUCCUAAACUUAUGGUGGAUAAAACUGCGAUUAAUCGAGGCUUUUGCCUUCAAAAGAGGUCCUGAACACACAUAGGACACAUUUGCUUUUGAUUGUCGUUUUUACCGUUUGAAAAUUCGUCGAUGUUGGCAAAUGUUGUUUUUCGCGUUUCGAUUCUAUGUUGUAUGUCCAUUAUCAUAAUUGAACUUUAUUGUUUUUGUCCAAUCAUAAUGACAACACACGCGCACUAUUUAUUUUAAUCUGUCUGUUUUGAUCCGUCCCAUUGUUUUAUGAUUUUAUUUUUUCACCCACAACACACUACGCAGAUUCUCAUACACAAUGACUCGCAAGCGACGAGCAAAGGCUGAAGCCAAUUAUAAACCAAUCAAUUGGCAGCCGUCGACGUACGAUGCGGACGAGUCGGACUUAGAGGAAUGGUUUGAAAUGCCUCGUCCGUUGCUCUCGACGCAUCCUAACUACCCGCUAGAGGAGUUAGAGCUGGACCUCGAAGAAACUUUGUCGACCAUUCGGGAGCAAAGGACUUCGGGGGUGAUGAUGCCAGCAGACGUCGUUAAAAUCAAGCGAAUCAUUUACCUUUUCAUGCGUGACAUGAACAUCGUCACAUGCGAUGUAAAUUCUCGCUAUUUGCCCCCCAGCGCGACGUGCGAGUAUAGGGCGCCGGAGUCAGAACCAGAGGAAGAGAUCGAGUUGAUCAUCCCUAGUUCUGAUUCCGAAGACUUCGAAAUGUCCUUCAGCGAGCCCGAAUCUGAUUCGGAAGACCUGCUUCAGGUAGAAAUGGGAACGAAAAGAAGCCCAGUGUCACGCUAUUCUUCCGGUUACUUUUCCCCCGAUUUUGACACCAGUAAGUCGGUGCUUCAAUCUUCGAAAUUUCUCCGAGACUUACCUGGUAAAGCUUUCCAAACGUCAAAAGAUCAAACUUCGAACCCCGAAUCCCUCCGAAAGCAGACCCGGACGUUCAAGAUCCGGAAAAAGGCCAACCUAAAUCUUCGAGCGGAACCUACGGCCAAAGAACUGUGCAGCGAAAACCUAACUUCGAUUUUGGAAACCUACUCUUCAUUGAACAUUCCUCGUUCCGGACGCACACCUGGAACCACCCAAAAAGGCUUUUCUUUCAAUAAAAAGAAGAAUAAACAUGUCUAGUUUCUAUCUACGAUAAUUUUUAUUUUCUUUUUAGUUUCACUUCUAAUUAAUCCGGCAGUUUGCCAUCCAUCCGGUGAGGUGCGGGAAUAAUUACCUUUCCCCAGUUGCCGACGGCAGACAUCGCUGAAUGGAAGUGAUCUGUAAAAGAGUAAAUGAACCACUUUUUAGCAAAUUUAACACCGAAGGACUAUGGAAUUGUUAGUCGAUUGUGUUAGUUGUAAUGAGAAUCGUUAGCUGUUAGUCCUAGAUUAGUCGGACCGACGGAUGAAAGACUCCGAUCGGUCGUAAGAAAGGCUAGCAUGCGUGGAAAAUUAGAUCCAACUUACCUUCAAUAUAUUCGGGGAUCCAUAGCAGGGCUGACAGGACCGGAGGAAGAAGCGAGGGGUGAACAAGUUUCCUCAUCUUCCCCACCUGUGGAGUGCCUGUGAGGGGAUUGCCCACUGUAGAAAUCGGCC